CGUGGCAAUCUUUUUAACCCUCUUUUUGUUUCCACAAUGUUGGGAGGUAUGAAAGUUUAACUAUUCGCUUUCCUCUUUCCAGCUUUCAGCCGGGGGCAAAAAACUCUGUUUUCCACUAUUCAUGUUUUAGUUCCUCAUUCAAACUGCUGUGUUUUCACCGAGUCCGCCACAACACCGGCCCCUCACACUUCCCUAUCUCUGGCGUCUAAUCUUCCUACGUUGUCCCUAUAAACGCGCAAAUAGAAAGGCGCCAAAAGUAGGAAAGGAUAGCGCCCCUGCCUCGACCUUCGGGGCCAGCAGCCUAUUACUGAACCGAAAUCCCAAAGCCUAAACCCUAGCGCUGCUGAGAGCUUCCCCAUUUGGGUGGCACAGAGGGGCGGUACCGAGGGCGGGAAUAGGCUUUCCUCAGCCCGGUGGAGCUGUGCCGCUGCCUCUAUUACUGACUGAAGAACACUCUGCGUGUGUGGGAUAAGGGGAGCUGAGCAAAUUCACUAUCCCAUCCGCGCCUGUGAUCCUACUAACCCGAGAUCUGCAGCAGUUUCGGUUGCUAGAGUUUACUUCGUCCCACUUUUUCUAGAAGGAGUGGUUGUAUCAAUGAAGAAAGCCGAUGUAUCAUGAAAUGGCAUUACUAGCGGGGAAGGCAGAGCCAGACUUCACUUCCUUUAGAGUCAAAAGCGUGGAGAACUUUUGUGAAGUCCGUACAAGGAAAGGGGUGUUUUACAAAACAGCCAAGCUUCUCCGUCCAGAUGAGGAAAGAUGCAAUAGAGGGCAAUUGGAAGACAGAACACGACAUGUCAUUAUUAAUGUAGGGGGCAUCAAGUACAGAAUUCCAUGGACGACAUUGGAAAACUGCCCUUUGACACGACUUGGAAAGCUAAAAACUUGUAAUAACCAUGAUGAAAUAAUGGACGUUUGCGAUGAUUAUGAUAUCAAUUGCAAUGAGUUCUUCUUUGAUCGCAACCCAUGUGCCUUCAGGACUAUAAUGACUUUUCUGGCAGCUGGGAAACUGAGAAUACUGCGGGAAAUGUGCGCCCUGUCUUUCCAAGAAGAACUUAUAUACUGGGGAAUCGAAGAAGAACAGCUGGAGUGGUGUUGCCUAAGAAAACUGCAGCAGAAAGAAGAAGAACUUGCUGAAGCCAAGAUGUAUGAAGGGGAAUCUGGGAUUUCAAAAGAGAAUUCACAAAGUGCCUUGCAAGACAGUGGUCGUUUGGCUCAGUGUAUGAAGCAUCUCAGGGACAUGGUGGAGAACCCUCACUCAGGAAUCCCUGGGAAGAUAUUUGCUUGCCUCUCAGUCUCAUUUGUGGCCAUCACAGCAGUCAGCCUGUGUAUCAGCACCAUGCCUGAUUUUAGGGAAGAAGAGGACAGAGGUGAAUGUUCCCAGAAGUGCCAUGACAUUUUCGUGUUAGAGACAGUUUGUGUGGCUUGGUUUUCCUUGGAGUUUGUUUUGCGUUUCAUCCAAAGCGAAAGCAAGUGUGUGUUUUUAAGGACCCCGCUGAAUAUGAUUGACAUAAUGGCCAUCUUGCCUUACUAUAUCACACUUAUAGUAGAUGCCCUUUCUGGAGGAAAAGCAGGAGGGGCCGGAAACAACUAUUUGGAGAAAGUGGGACUAGUGCUACGUGUACUGCGAGCCCUGCGCAUUUUAUAUGUAAUGAGACUAGCGAGGCAUUCCCUUGGGCUGCAGACAUUAGGCCUCACAGUCAGAAGGUGCACCAGAGAAUUCGGACUCCUCCUUCUCUUCUUAUGUGUUGCCAUGGCUCUGUUUUCCCCACUUGUAUAUUUAGCAGAGAAUGAAUUAGGAGCCAAGCAGGAAUUCACCAGUAUUCCAGGAACUUACUGGUGGGCAGUAAUCUCUAUGACAACAGUAGGCUAUGGAGACAUGGUUCCUCGGAGCAUCCCAGGACAAGUGGUGGCCCUGAGCAGCAUACUGAGUGGUAUUUUGCUCAUGGCAUUUCCAGUAACUUCAAUCUUUCAUACAUUUUCCCGCUCUUAUACAGAACUCAAGGAACAGCAGCAACGAGCCAGCCGGCAGAUACCAAGACUAGAGGACAGGGAGCCUUGCACAGAGACCGAGUCCUAAUUAAACGAGAAACCCUUUCAUUCCAGUACUGAGGGGAUAUUGGUUCAUUAACUCUGAAGCACCAACAAUGUCACAGUAUACGGAAAUCUACUGUACACACACGUAUAUCCAUCAAUUGGGAUGUUUUUAGAAAUUUGUAAUAUUUUCCUUAUUUCGUUCCAGCCAAGUUUAACAUCUGGUGGACCACUGGCGAAAAAGACAUAUGUUCUGUUACCCUUAUUUUCUAAUAAUUAGGUAUAGAAUCAGCACAACAUCACUGAAAUGGUAUUUGUAACUAAUUAGAAAAGCUGGACUAAUAUUACUGUAUUACAGCCUGUUCAUUUUCAGUGUUGGCAGUGGAAUCAACAGUUCAAAUACCCUGCAUAUAACGCAAUGGACUUUCUUUUUAUUUAUCGAAUGUUUGUUAAAAAGUGCUUUAGAAGAAUAAAUAUCUUUCUAUGUGA